CCACGGUCUGACCCCGCCUAGAGUCCAUGUAUGUGCGGCUGCGUAUGUCGCCUUAUUUCCCUCUCUAGUUUACUGCGUUUCCCGGCUCUGCUCACCUCCAGACCAGGCAGCAGAAUGGCAGCGGCGGCCCCCAACCCGGAGGACUCCGCAAGGAGCGGCAGCAGCGGCGGCGGCACCAGCACCCCUAGCUCGCUAGCCGGAGAGGGCGACGCGGAAGAGGCCGAGGACUUCACCUCUUCCUCCCACUGCUCAGAGCUCUCCCGGCGGCAGAACGAACAGAGGAAGCUGGGCUUGUUUUGCGACGUGACGCUGGCCUUCAGCAGCGGGGCGGCUACAGGGAGCGUCCAGAGCUGCGAGUUUUCGGCCCACAGGUCCGUGCUGGCUGCCGCCACCGACUAUUUUACCCCGCUGCUGGGAGGGCAGUUCUCUGAGUCCCUGUCCGGACGGGUGGAGAUGAAGGAAUGGAGCUCGGAGCUGGGGCCGGACCCGGAGACAGUGGAGAGUGUCAUCCAGUACAUGUACACUGGAGAAAUCCGCGUCAGCACCUGCAAUGUGCAUGAAGUGCUGGAGCUGGCAGACAGGUUCUUGCUGAUACAGCUCAAAGAUUUCUGUGGCGAGUUCCUUAAGAAGAAGCUGAGCCUGACUAACUGUGUGGCCGUGCACAGUCUAGCCCACAUGUACACCCUGGACCAGCUGGCUUUGCGGGCUGCAGACAUGAUUCGACGCAAUUUCCACAAGGUUAUCCAGGACGAGGAGUUCUACACGCUCCCCUUUCACCUCGUCCGUGACUGGCUGUCGGAUGCAGAGAUCACCGUGGAUUCAGAGGAGGUGCUGUUUGAGGCUGUGGUGAAGUGGGUGCAGAAGAACCCAGAAGAGCGAAGUCGCUACUUUGAGGAGCUGUUUCGUCUUCUCAGACUCCCUCAGAUAAAGCCCACCUACCUGGCCAGGGUGGUGAAAAACGAACGACUUGUGGCUUCAAACGAAGCCUGCCUGCGGCUGGUGUCAGAGGCUGUAGAGGGCCACGCUAUUCGCUUUGAAAACCUGAAGUCGGCAGAUAUGGAGUUGUGGUCUUCACACAUGGCCUCCUUUCAGCCUCGGUUCGGCCAAAACAUGGACGUCAUCAUGGUGGUGGGUGGGGUGUCGGAGGGUGGGGAUUAUCUGAGUGAGUGUGUGGGCUACUUCAUCUAUGAGGAUCGUUGGGUCAACCUCCCCCACAUCCACAACCACCUGGACGGCCACGCCAUCGCCACCACGGAGUCCCAUGUCUACGUAGCCGGGUCAAUGGAGCCGGGCUUUGCAAAGACGGUGGAACGCUACAAUCCCAAUCGCAACACCUGGGAGCAGGUCAGCAACUUGACCACACGCAAGCACUCUUUUGGCUUAACGUGCAUCAAAGAUAUCCUGUACAGCAUCGGCGGCCAUGGCAACUUCAGUCCAGGUUUCAAGGAUGUUAGUGUGUACGAGCCUGAGCAGGACAAGUGGCACAAUCUGGAAUCGGCACCUAAGAUCCUUCGAGAUGUGAAAGCCGUGAGCGUGGAGGACCGCUACGUUUAUGUGACAGCACGCACACCCGUGGAUACCGAUAAUGAUGAUGGACUGAAGACGGUGACCACUCGCUAUGACACAGAAAGCCGCCAAUGGCAGGAUGUCGACUCCUUGCCACUUAUUGACAACUAUUGCAUCUUCCAGAUGGCUGUAGCUUCGACCAACUUCUACCAUACAGCUUCCUGCUGCCCUAAGAGUUACACAGUGCGGGAUGAGGUCGCCAGGCAGAAGAUCAGUGCUCGCAUCUCUGAUGAGAUCCUGGAGAGCCUGCCGCCAGAGGUGACUAGCAUAGAGGGCGCGGCCAUAUGCCACUUCGAUGAGGACGUCUUCAUCAUCGGAGGCUGGAAGAACAGCGACGACGUCGACAAGCAGUAUCGCAAGGAGGCCUACCGUUACUGCGCAGAGAGGAAACGGUGGAUGUUGCUGCCGCCCAUGCCCCAGCCCCGCUGUCGGGCGACGGCCUGCCACGUCCGCAUCCCGUACCGCUUUCUGUACGGCUGCCAGCGGUACCCCAUGCCCCAGAACCUGGCUCGCCAGCGAGAUCGCAUGCAGCAGAUGCAGCAGCUCCACAGGCGUACGCUCACCCUACGCCGACAGCUCCAGUCGCAGAUAGAGUGCUGAACCAGCGGGCAGCGUCCGGAAAUCCACACCAUCCAUGCGUAACGCACUGCAGUGAAUGUCGUGUUGCUGUCGUUCUGGUUUUCACUCCUCAUAGCCGCGUGUCAUCAGCUCUCAUGUUAUCUUGUGUUUAUCGCUGACUUAAAGCCAGGCAAUGUGUAUGCAGGUACAUUCUCACUGGGACGAAUCCGCAUAGGCGCUAUGUUAUGGAUGUACACAGGUUUAGGAGAGUGUUUCCAGCAGCCAAAUAACUAAGUAUUCUUUAGUAAUUAAUGUUAAUAAUAAUGCUGUUUAUCCGUCUGUAUAUUAUAAAGCUGUAUAUGUAUAAAUUGAUAUUUGACAUUCCUUUCCUGUAUAUGGCUUUACUGGUAAGACUAUGUAACAUGAAGCAUUCCUAGUUUCUUAAAGUCCCAUCAUUCCUUCCUUCCUAACACUGUGACAGUUCCCUCGUAAAAGUCCAAUUUACUGAAAAGAGACUGCUUCUUACUUUAAACCUUCAACAUCGACUGUGAACAUAACAUUUAGGCUUUUCGUUGCAAAACUUUUAGGCUAGUAUUCCUUUUUUUAUCUUGACAAAUGCCGUGUGUUUUGGUCAUUUCUGUACACGUAAUGCUUUAACAGUUUUUUUUUCAAAUAUGAUGUGCAGGCUCUAGUAACAUGCAAGUUGCAACAUUUAUGUAUAUGAAAAAAAAAUAGUUUUAUGCUUCUGCAUUAAGCACCAAAAUCAGUGGCAGUGGCUCAAUCAUUCCUUUCUUUUGCACUUUUGAAAUCUAUCAACUUUAUCCUGAAGCUUCAGGAAGAAAUGUAAAGAAACAAAUGUUUAUACGUAUGAAUGCAAGGCUGGGUGUGAAUUGGGUCAGUAUGUGGUUUGGUAAUUGUUUUUGCAAAAAAUGGCUAAGGGUUCUCCUCAUAUAGCACUUUUGUUUUACAUCUUAUUGUUUGUAGAGUCUUAAAGAAUGCAUAAAAGCUGUUACUGCAUUUUGAUUUUUACAUUUCGACAGGUGUGUCAUAUCGGACAAGGUGAUUGUAUUUUCAAAAUACCUUUUUUUUCUGUUUUUUUUUUUACUUUAUAUAUAUAUAUACCGUAUACGCCACAUUCCAGCAAGUAAAUUUUUGAACUUUUAAAAAAAAUAUGAAUUUGAAAAGAAUUGUUUCAACCAUUUAAUAUCCUAUGAACUCAUUCCUUAUACUUAAUUUUGACUUAGAUGGUCAUAUGAGGUGUAUAUUAAUAUACUGUCUCCUGUUGCCCACCAAAGAGACUUAGAGGUGUAAUGAAAGGGAAUUAAACAUCAAGACAAAGAAGGGAUUGCUAUGAUUUUUUUUUUCUUUUGUGACUGACAUUCAGAGGCUGUGCAGCAUUAAGGUUUUAGAGCGCAGAAAUGAUAUUCAUUUCCUCUUUAUGACCGAUAUAAAUAGCACUGCAGAUCUUAACUGAAAUAAGCUAUGUAUUUGCUUUGCACGUGAUAGUCUUAAAAUCGUGUCCUUAUAUUUUGAUGUAAGAGUUACUAAUGGCAUCACUUGCAAUUAAAGCUGU